AGGAAAAGGAGGGGGAGCGAGGGAAGCGAAAGUCUCAGACUGCAUAAAUAGGCAGCAAGCCAGUCGCAGCCCACACACAGACCCCAACUUGCGGCUGUCCAUCUCACCUACAGCUCUGGUCUCAUCCUCAACUCAACCACAACCAUGGCUCAGAUACUGGCUCUGAGCCUCCUUAGCCUGGUCCUGGCUCUCUGCAUCCCCUGGACCCAAGGCAGUGACGGAGGGGGUCAGGACUGCUGCCUUAAGUACAGCCAGAAGAAGAUCCCCUACAAUAUUGUCCGAGGCUACAGGAAGCAGGAACCAAGCUUAGGCUGCCCCAUCCCCGCAAUAUUGUUCUCACCCCAGAAGCUCUCUCAGCCUGAGCUAUGCGCAAACCCUGCGGAAGGCUGGGUGCAGAAGCUGAUGCGACGUCUGGACCAGCCUCCGACCCCAGGGAAACAAAGCCAGGGCUGCAGGAAGAACCGAGGAGCCUCUAAGUCUGGAAAGAAAGGAAAGGGCUCCAAAGGCUGCAGGGGGACUGAACAGACACAGACUACAAGAGGGUAGCCCAGUGACCUGCCUGGAGCCCAGGAGAUCCUCCACGAACUUCAAGCUGAGUUCUUCACAGUCCAACUCACAGCAAAGAGGGAGCUGGAAAACAGAAAGACUCAGGGGCCCUGAACAGCCUCCUCACGCUGGCCUCGUCACACCCUUGUCCUGCUUCAGCCAGCACAUCUGCAUGGCCAUCCCUUUCUUAUAUGGCAGAGUUGCCUUCCCUGGGAUAGACCUAGAGGGUCAGAAGAAGGAGUGUCUCCCAGGGAAUGAAGAAGGAGACAGCAGGACUGUCCCUUCUAGGAGGUCACACAGGUCCCAAGACCUGCACUUGCUCUCCAUGGCACCUACCCUUUUCCUUGCACCUAUGAUUUAUACUUAACUGAAUAAAAAACUGUUCCAGCCUCAAA